AUGCCGACCACACCAGGAUGCAAAGAAACUCAAGUCGCCGGGUACACCAUCACGAAAGAGGUUCGAAGAGUGCAACAAGAAGCUCAAGAAAUUCGCUCAGAAGAUCGGGUAGGCAAGACUUCGACGUUCCUGAACGCGCGAGAGGAUUGGGGAGCAUUCAGGAAUCAGCUGAAGAAAGGAAGUUACUCCGUUGAAGGGCUCGCAAGCUGGCUGAGGAGUAUCGAGGAGCGGCUGUGUGUAAACUGCUACUUCCCUGAAUGGGUCGAGAAGAGGAGAGCAGCUUGGAUCGAUGAGUUGAAAUCGGCAUCGACGAUACAGGAGUUCAUGGCGCUAUUGAAGGAGAUCGACAGCGACGGAAUGAACUGGGAGAAGCACGAGCUUAUGCAUGCCGUGCUGGACGCUGUGGACAUGAUCCCCUAUUCGGAGGUCAAGGAGAACAACGAGAAGUACUGGGAGUUCUACUUGCCCAAGAAGCUGCAGGAGGCGAUGACACCCCGUGCUCUCAUCCUCGUCCUGAAAGAGAUCGACGACAUGAUCAAGGACGAGAGCAAGAUCAGGGAGGAAGACUGGAGGAAGAGAAAGGAGAAGUGGACGGAGCAAUGCAGGGGGGUCAAGACGUGGGGAGAGGCAGAGAAGCUGUUCUCGACCUGGGAUGACAACGCAGUCGACUGGCGCAAGGCGAGAAACGCGAUGGAGAAGGAGAAUACUGUGAUGGAGCAGAAGUCGAAGGAGAAUCAGGGAAAGCGAGAGAAUAAGAGGGACGCUGCUGAUUUCUCCUCCUCCUCCUCCUCCUCCAAGAAGGCUAGGAAGGGCGAUUCGUCUCCACAGGGCAUGCUCGACCCCCUACAGCACAACUCUCAUAUGGUUCUGUCUCAGGGUGAGGAGGAGGGAGGUAGCAACAAGGAGCCAGCGUAUCCUGCUGGUCAGGCUGCUGCUUCCACCAGCAAGAAGGACCUCGCUCUCAUGGCGCCAGUCUCGGCUCAGGCCGUCCUCCUCUCCGACGCGGCUCACUCCACCCACCCCUGGCUCAGCCCUCAGUCGGUCGUGGCGACCCCCAUCGGAGUUGUGAGCAGCAGCAGACAGAGGGACGGGGAAGAGCUGAACAUCGCAAACGUCUGGAAUCAAGCGAACGCGCUCAUGCAGGGAGUGGCCAACGAGCUCUGCAAGAGCAAUCGUUGCUCUCCCCGCACGUCUCUUGUGCAUGCCGCUGAAGCUUACUACCGCUCGACCAUUGACAGGUUCCUCACGCUCUACCAACGGGACUACAUCCUUGCCUCGCAGCUGCUGGCUCACCACAACGUGAGGGAGGAGGAGGCGGAGGAGCUGAAGGAGCUGAAAGAGGAGCAGGUGGAGGUGGUGAAGAGAAGCAUCGCUGAGCUCCAGGCAAAGCUUGAGAUGCUCCGACGAGCCUUUGACAACCCUACUUCCUUUGAGCAGCAGCUACAGAUCAAGAAGGUAAGAGACGAGGAGGAGGCAGUAGACUGGGGGAGGCCGAAGGGGACGAGGGAGUUGGAUGCGGUGUAUACGAACUUGGAAGAGCAGCAGCUACUUGAAGCUGAUCUGCAGCGAUCGAUGGAACUCAAGGCAGAAGUGGAGAUGAUCAUGCACAGGAGGGAUUGUCUGACACAGUUCGGAAACUUGUUCGGUGCGAUGGAGGGAAGAGGAACCGGAUAG